AUGAAGUUUUCGUUAGCAUUAUUAUUUGUGGGUUUUCUUCUGAACAAUUCACAUGCACAAAUACGAAAAGGAUGCGGUUGUGACUCAAAAUACGAUGCUUGUGUUAGUGAGAACCAGUAUGCAGAAUGUCGCACAAUCAGUCCUGGUCGAAGAAUUGUGCUUUUAGACACUGUCAAAUCGUGUCCAGAGGGUUCAAAUUGCUUUUUGGGCACAUGUUCGCGUAUGCUACCCUCCAGCUGUGCCGUUUGUGGAUCAUGCAAUCACGAAGAUGGCAUCGCUUGCAUCAAUCGAACGGCUUAUUAUGCGUGUUCUGAUUGGCAACCAGAUCAGGUGGUUCAUAUUUGUCCAGAAGAGGAGUUUUGUGACAGCAUUGGAGGAACACCAACCUUUCCAUGCAAAAGUAAAAUUGACGAUGUUGAAGUUCCAACUUGUAAUUUUGUGACAGAAGAAGAAGCGACACCAACUCCGACUUCUACAGCUUCAUCUACGGUAGAAAGCAGCACGCCAAGUGAAGCAACUUCAACCACGGAGGAGCCAAGUUCAUCAAUUUCUACUUCAGAUGAGCCAACAUCAACAAAUUCCACACCAGAAGAGUCGAGUUCAUCGAGUUCUACACCAGAAGAACCUAGUUCAACAGCUUCUACGCCAGAACCAACAACUUCUACAACCCAAGAACCAGUAAAUGAAGCCCUUCAAGAACUCUUAAUUCGAAAAUGUUGCGAUGAAGCUGAAGGAACGACAAAUAUUUUACAUCCAGAAGACACAACAUGCUCCAAGUACGUUGAAUGUUUCAAAUCGACUGAAGCCUUGAGAGCAACGGAACAUUCGUGUCCGCCAAACACUUUAUUUGAUCCCGUUGAAAAGUCAUGUACAUCUGAGUACAUUUGUCAGUAA